GGGGGGAGGAAACGAGAGCGAGAGAGAGGGAGAGAGGACGGCGUUUUAUCAGCCAAGUGCAGCCUGAAUCGUGAGGAGCGGACGAUGGGGGGAAAAAAUCCCUCUCCUGUUUCCUUUCCUCCAGCAUCACCUUCAUUAAGAUGUAGACCGGUGCGCGUCCAGAAACCCGGAGCCUGCUGGUCACAGGAGAAUCCUUCUUCCAACAGUUCUUAGUAAAGAACCAAACACAUUUUGGAUUUACAGCGCACUUGUUCUGAACUAAAAGGGGCUCCUUAUUUCUUUCCACGCGUUUGGAGGUGUUGGACCGCAUCAGAGCUGAGUUUUUACCUCUGGAGUGAGAAGUGCACCAGUUUGAUUUCCCAACGCUGGAACAUCAGGAUUCUCUGUCCUUAUGGGGCUUUUAGGAGGACUGGACCUUAUCCUAACGGGACGUAACGCGAACAGGAAUAUUGUGUGAAGGAAGAAAUAAAAGCGCAACGAAUGGGAUUCUUCUCUAACGAUGACAGACCUCUCUACAUAAUCAACCCUUAAACCACGGUCGCCACCGCGCCGCUACUCCUGCGUCUACAACUCAGAAUGACAGACACUCUUCAGUGAAUGGCGGCUCCACCCCCGAGAACUGAUGUUUGAAAAUGAGAGUGUUCAUCUUUCUUUCAGAGGAUGCUGACGGGACCUUUUUGUGGAGUGUUUUCCAUCUAGUGAGGAAUAUUUCUCAGAUGUGCAGGAAGAAAAUGAAUGACUGCUAUCGUUCCUCUGGAUGGUUGGAGCUCACUGGGUUAUGAAAAGGCUGUUAUCAACUGCAACCAUCUUCUGCACAAGUCACCCUGGAUUUUGUUUGUGUUUGCAUCUGCAUGGCAUAAGUGGAAAAGCUUAACUGAACAUAUUUUCAUUAAGGAUAAAAAAAAAAAAAAAACUAAGCUGAGAACUGGCAAUCAUGUCUCAGUGGAGGCACCACUCAGAAACUUGGAGUGCUUUCGUUCAGACUGCCAGGAACAGGGGCAGGAGGAUGGGAUGUGAACCAAUUAGAAGUUCACUGGGCAUGGGCUUCUGGGUGUUUACACUAACAUGGGUCGGACUGCUGCUUCUGCUGUGUCCUGUUGCCGUGUUGGCCGAGAAACUGGAUGAGAAUGACCCGGUGGUCACAACCGCCUACGGCAGGCUGCGCGGCAUCAAGAAGGAGCUCAACAAUGAGAUCUUGGGGCCCGUCAUCCAGUUUCUGGGCGUCCCUUAUGCCACCCCGCCCACUGGCGAGCGCCGUUUCCAGCCUCCGGAGCCGCCAGCAUCAUGGUCGGACAUUCACAAUGCCACGCACUUUGCCCCAGUGUGUCCUCAGAGCAUUGUGGAGGGUCGCCUGCCAGACGUUAUGUUGCCAGUUUGGUUCACCAACAGCAUCGAUGUGGUGUCCACUUACGUUCAGGACCAGAGCGAGGACUGCCUCUAUCUCAACAUCUAUGUUCCCACUGAGGAUGUCAAAAGAAUAUCCAAGGAAUGUGCCAGGAAACCGGGCAAGAAAAUAUGUAAACAAGGAGGUCCCCUUACAAAGAAACACACUGAUGAUUUAAGUGAUAGUGACCGCACGGAAGAUGAAGAUAUUAGGGAGAGUGGAAGCCCCAAGCCGGUGAUGGUUUUUAUCCACGGGGGUUCUUACAUGGAAGGAACUGGAAAUAUGUUUGACGGCAGCAUCCUAGCCAGCUAUGGGAACGUCAUCGUUAUUACAGUCAACUACCGCCUGGGCGUCCUAGGGUUCCUGAGUACAGGUGACCAAGCAGCCAAAGGGAACUAUGGUUUGUUGGAUCAGAUCCAGGCCCUGCGUUGGACUAGUGAGAACAUAGCAGCCUUUGGUGGUGACCCGCUACGCAUCACCGUGUUUGGCUCGGGUGCUGGGGCAUCAUGUGUGAAUCUCCUCACUCUUUCUCACUAUUCAGAAGGCAACCGCUGGAGCAACUCCACUAAAGGCCUUUUUCAAAGGGCCAUUGCCCAGAGUGGGACAGCUCUAUCCAGCUGGGCUGUCAGUUUCCAGCCAGCCAAGUAUGCGCGGAUGUUGGCCCGUAAGGUGGGCUGUAACCUGGAGGACACAGUGGAACUUGUGGUGUGCCUGCAAAGAAAACAUUACAAGGAGCUCGUAGAUCAAGACAUCCAGCCAGCCCGCUACCACAUUGCUUUUGGCCCAGUCAUUGAUGGAGAUGUAAUACCUGAUGACCCUCAGAUACUGAUGGAGCAAGGUGAGUUUCUCAACUAUGACAUAAUGCUAGGAGUGAACCAGGGUGAGGGCCUAAAGUUUGUGGAGCUCAUCGUUGACAAUGACAAUGGUGUCCAGGCCAAUGACUUUGACUAUGCAGUGUCCAGCUUUGUUGAUGACCUCUAUGGUUACCCAGAGGGUAAAGACAUCCUGCGUGAGACCAUCAAGUUUAUGUACACGGACUGGGCCGACAGGCACAACCCGGAGACCCGGCGGAAGACUUUGCUGGCCCUUUUUACUGAUCACCAGUGGGUGGCACCGGCUGUAGCAACAGCUGAUCUGCACUCAAGUUUUGGGUCGCCAACAUACUUUUAUGCCUUCUACCAUCACUGUCAGACGGAACAGGUACCACCGUGGGCAGACGCAGCGCAUGGAGAUGAGAUCCCAUAUGUGUUUGGGCUGCCGAUGAUUGGGCCGACAGAGCUGUUUCCAUGCAACUUCUCCAAGAAUGAUGUGAUGCUGAGUGCUGUUGUCAUGACCUACUGGACAAAUUUUGCCAAGACCGGGGACCCAAACCAACCUGUACCACAAGACACCAAGUUCAUCCACACAAAGCCCAAUCGCUUUGAAGAAGUGGCGUGGACACGCUACAACCAGAAGGACCAGCUCUACCUGCACAUCGGCCUGAAGCCUCGGGUCAAAGAGCACUACCGGGCAAACAAGGUCAACCUAUGGUUGGAGCUGGUUCCUCAUCUGCACAGCCUCAAUGAGGUCACCCCACUCAUCCCUACCACUACCAAGAUUCCUCCUCCAGAAGCCACUAACCGCACACCAAAAACCAAAGUUCUGGUAACCAAGCGCCCAAACCCAACUCCGUUCCCCACCGAGACGCAGGGCAGCCACAACCAGCCUCACCUGGUGGACCAGCGGGACUACUCCACAGAACUUUCGGUGACUAUUGCUGUUGGAGCUUCUUUGCUUUUUCUCAACAUCCUGGCCUUUGCUGCUCUUUACUAUAAAAAGGACAAACGGCGGCAUGACGUCCACCGGCGCUGCAGCCCCCAGCGGAGCGCCGCCAACGACCUGGCUCACACUCAGGAGGAAGAGAUCAUGUCUCUGCAGAUGAAGCAGCACUCCGACCUGGACAGGGACUGCAGAGGGGUGGGGGACUCCCUCCACCCGCAUGACGUGGUCCUGAGGACUGCCUGCCCCCCAGACUACACCCUGGCUAUGAGGCGCUCGCCAGACGACAUCCCGCUCAUGACACCAAACACCAUAACCAUGAUCCCCAGCACCAUGGGAGGCCUCACCUCACUCCACUCCUUUAACACAUAUCCCAGCAGUGGGCAGAACAACACUCUGCCUCAUCCGCACCCACACUCACACUCCACCACCCGGGUAUAGCCCAGUGGAUGGACCAAUACAGGCAGGACUCUGGCGGCUCAGGCAACAAGCUAACUGCAGCACUGCAGCGGAGAGUCCAGGCCGACCUGCUGAAAAACAGACUUUUCAGGAGUUAAACCACCGGCCCGGAGUUGCCAAAUACAGAUGGAAUUACACUGGAAUUAUACCACAUUCUGUUAAUACCGGAGGAAAUAUAAUAAAAGGUUUCAGAUGCUUUGGAUCAGAGGAUCAAAAAAUAAUAAUAUUAGUAAUUAUGGUUUUGUAGAAAAAAAAUGGAAAGAUAUGAGGGGAAAAAAAAGUUACAGCAGAACAACGUCUCACAAGCCGAAACAUUUGAGAGAGAUGUUUUUUUAUCAUUAUUUUUGUUCUGGUAUUACAGCAACAAAAAGGAACAGUGAAACACUUUUUCUCUCUAGCGACAGCUAUGGCCUUCGGGAUUUUCUGACAAACGACUGCUUGACAGUAUUAUCUGGAAGCAGCGCGGAGCAUCAGACACGCCUUGGAGGUGAGAAGAGGGGAGCACUUUGUAAAGGAAAGAAAACAUAUUGUUUUCCUUUGGCAUUACUCUGCAGAACACUCUGUUUGUGGGGCACAAAGCAGACGUCGUGCAAACCAAUCGAGGCAUGUCUGAGGGUCGUAAAUGGAGGCUGUGUAAGAUAAGCCAAAAGCAGCAGAGUAAAGCGAAGGACUGAAAACUUUAAGAUAAAGUGACCCUGUAUGCACAACAGAACCAUUUUGAGGAGAAAAAAAUAUCUUGCAAAUCCUUUUCAUCCUUUUAUUUUUGAUUGAAACAAUUUUAUUGUAUAGGACCUAUUUACAUAUCUAAGCACCAAGGCUGUUUAAGCCCACUUCUCUUGGGCGAGGUGUUCACACUGCAACCUGCCAGUCGGACCGGGACGUAGGAAGUGAGAACGCACCGAGCGGCUUUCUGGCAGUUCCAACUUCAACACAGAGAGCUGGGGGAACAAAGGAUAAUUGGGAUAUUUUAGCACGAUGCGCAUGACAAUUUACCUGCUUGAUGGCUGCUCUGCUGAUUAUGUCAUUAAUAAGAAUAAUUUUCACCCUGUUCUUUGUGUUGGAGAGAUUCAAGACCUAUUUCCUUAUUGGAUUACUAGAAAACACAAUGCUCUCACGGAACCUUGGGGAAUGCAGUCCCGGUUUGUGGAUGUCACUGGAUGGAUUUAGAUAGUAAAACAAAACAAAAAUAAAUUGGGGGUGGGCAUAUGGUAAAGAUUUCUUGCAUAACAUAAUAUAGCUUGAGUGGGCUGGACAUAUAAGGACUAGUUUUGUACUCUAUGUGUUGGUACUACUUUUUGAUAGUGGGUAAAUCACAUUACAUUGUAUCAAUCAAACCCAUUGUACCUUCAGUUGAAAUCAAUGUUUUUUGCUGUUCUACCUAUUGGAGCACCGGACCGGACCGUGUCAAAGUAAUUACCUGCACUGUUUAUUCCAUUGACCUCUCUUCAUCUCAAUGCCCCCCCCAAAAAAUCGACACUUCAAGAUAAAAAAGUAACACAGUGGAACCCAAUUGGUAAGGAAAAUGGAGGGUGAAAUGAUUGAAAAAUAUAGCGAAGAAUUCCAUCUCCAGGCGAUGUAGAUUUGCUAAUGAUUUAUCCAACAAAGCUCUGAACUCCAGAGCUACUUAAACAUGACUGCUUAUAGAUGUGUAAUUCAAGAUAAAAGCCAGACAGAUCACACGGGGUGGAAGUCGACGGAAAUGCGCAGCAGGAGGCUGAGAGGAAGAGUGAGGAUCAGGCUGGGUCAAUUCCCACGAUGCACUUUUUAUGUAGUUUUCAUCAUUAGCCAAGUUGAAUCAAGUUAGGUGGUACUUUGUGUUGGAGAGAUGUCGGUGUGUCUGCCAGUAAAGCAGGAUGAUCAAAAGCAAAAAGUCUUACCUCUUCAACUUAAUGCCUUUUUUUGCUUUUUUCCUAUACACACACAGUGCUGUGCUCCAAAUCUCUGCCAUGGUGUCAGAGUUGAUACCAGGUUCCCACUUCUUUAAAAGGGCAGCUCAGAUUCUGUUAAAAGCUUAUGCGCAGUUAAUGUUUUAUGCACAGCACAUGAAUCUCUUAUCCUCUUAAUUAAGCAUGAACCAAAAUGAAAUCUGUCCCAGAAGCUGACGCUGAUGGCUGGUCCAACAAGAGCCAAGACCGAGGUGGACAUCUACUGUCCUAACACACAACCCCAAUCUAGAAAACGUCACAGCAGUUCAGUAGUUGAUAUUUAUGUAAACAGAAGCCAGUAGCUACAUUUCCAUCCAAAUAUCAUGCAUAUUUUAAGCAAACUUUCAAAAUGUUGCUGACUAAAAAAGACAAAGGAAAAGCGAAUUAGGUGUGUUUCCUUCUUCUGGAUCGCAGGCUGUGCAGCCUGGUUGUGAUUCCAUAAGAUGUUGACAACACAUGUAACAAGCAGGAAGUGGAAGGUGAAAACUAGUAUGGACCACGCAUCUUAGAGAAAUGAACAGAGGUUUUCAGGAGUUUGCUGCUAUCUGACAUGUUCUAAUUGUUCUGUUAUGCCAACUAGCAUUGGUGAUGUUGCAAUUCUACCACACGACAGCAGAAACAGCUGAUCAGUCAUGUGAGGGAAAUGUUAUUCAACAAACGUGUCUCCUUCUCUGCUUUAGCCCAUUAACUCAGAAAAGCCAAAAGCCACCUUUUUUUGUUACAAGCAACCUUUUUUAAUGCGAUACUUCAAAAUCCACAUAAAAAACAGUUGAUGUAAUCACGGCCUCUGAUUGUUUACACAUUAAAGGAUUUUGGAUGGUUUGUACACGUGAAACUGACUGAGCACCAAACAUCUGAUUUGUGACUGGUCAGAGUAACUGAUAUGAAAGUAAAUCAGUGUGAAGACCUUGUUUACCUUUCACAGUAAUUCAUGUUUUUCUUUCUUUUUUUUUACUUUAUUUUAAGAACAUAGAAGCAGAAGUCUGCGUUGGUCUUGUUCGCUCUCAGGAUGUUUUCAACCCUCUGAACCAGCUAAUCUGCACUUCUAUUAAAUGAAAACACCAAGAAAGUUUCUAACUGCAAUUUGAAUUUUCUCCCUUCCUUUUGGAAUAAGUUUAAUCUUUUGAAAAUUUGACUUGCUGUUUUAUCUGUAUAGAUCUUUCUGUCUACAUAUUUUUCAUUGUGUUUAGUGCUUCUGUUUUCCAUUCGCCCAUCUUGAGGUUGCUGCUUUGUAUUUUGAGUUGUCGUAAGGAUAAUUUAAUCAACCUUUUAGUAACUAUUCUUUCUCUAAUCUUAAGGUUUCUUGGAAUAGGUGUGACGUACAUUCAAAAUGUUUUGGCUUAAUUGACUAGCCAACUUUCAGGUAAAUAAAAGAAAAGAAAACUA